GGCAGCAAACACGUCUUCAGCAGCCGAAAAGCGAACAGUGAAGCGGAAAGCAGCCGUCGGUCUUUUUCCGCCGAGGCCAGCAGCGACGGGCAAAAUGCAGAUCUUCGUGAAAACGUUGACCGGGAAAACCAUCACCCUCGAGGUGGAGCCCAGCGACACCAUCGAGAAUGUGAAAGCCAAGAUUCAGGACAAGGAAGGCAUCCCCCCUGACCAACAGCGUCUGAUUUUUGCUGGGAAACAGUUGGAGGAUGGCCGCACACUGUCAGAUUAUAACAUUCAGAAAGAGUCCACUCUUCACCUGGUGCUGCGUCUGAGAGGAGGUAUCAUUGAGCCUUCCCUCAGGCAGCUGGCUCAGAAAUACAACUGUGAGAAGAUGAUCUGCCGCAAGUGUUACGCACGUCUUCACCCUCGUGCCGUCAACUGCCGUAAGAAGAAGUGCGGACACACCAAUAACCUACGCCCCAAGAAGAAGCUGAAGUAAACUGUAACGCUAAUAUGCACUUCAAUAACUUGGUUAUUCAAGGGGGUUGUUUAUUACAAAUAAAAGAUUAAAAGAAUUUUCAAUUCUGAAA